GUCCCGACCCAAUUUAUACAUCUCUUCGUGCCGUCCAUCGGAGAGAAACUCAGGAAGAGGAGGCAGGGGAGCGAAAGAGAGAGAGAGAAAAAAUGUCCGCAUUCUCGGCCGUCAAGAUCCUCCCACCCCCUCCCGUCACCGCCAGAUCCACCCCCUCCAACCCCAAACCCUCCUUCCCCUUCGUCUUCCCCUCCCCUCCCUCACCCACCGCUGGCGGCCUCCACCGCUCCGCCGCCGCCCCGCUCUCCUCCUCCCCCCCGCCUCUCCACGCCGUCUCCUCCCAUGUCCUCAGCAACGAGCACCGCGUCGCCUCCCCUUCCCACCAGGAUGAGGCCGCAGUGACCCGUGAGGAGGCGCUGGAUCUGUACGAGGACAUGGUUCUGGGGCGGUCCUUCGAGGAUAUGUGCGCCCAGAUGUACUACCGGGGGAAGAUGUUCGGCUUUGUCCACCUCUACAAUGGCCAGGAGGCCGUCUCCACCGGCUUCAUCCGCCUCCUCCAGCCAGGCGACUCCGUCGUCAGCACCUACCGCGACCACGUCCACGCCCUCAGCAAGGGCGUCCCCGCCCGCGCCGUCAUGUCCGAGCUCUUCGGCAAGACCACCGGCUGCUGCCGUGGCCAGGGGGGAUCCAUGCACAUGUUCUCUGCCCCCCACAACCUCCUCGGUGGCUUCGCCUUCAUUGGUGAGGGCAUCCCCGUCGCCACCGGCGCGGCCUUCUCCUCCCGCUACCGCCACGAGGUCCUUAAGGAGGCGUCGCCAACCGGGGGCCUCGAUGUCACCCUGGCAUUCUUCGGGGAUGGCACCUGCAACAAUGGGCAGUUCUUUGAGUGCCUCAACAUGGCUCAGCUCUGGAAGCUGCCUAUCGUGUUUGUUGUCGAGAACAACCUGUGGGCGAUCGGGAUGUCGCACCUGAGAGCCACAUCCGACCCCGUGAUCUGGAAGAAGGGGCCUGCAUUCGGAAUGCCUGGGGUGCACGUGGAUGGGAUGGAUGUGCUGAAGGUGAGAGCGGUGGCAAAGGAGGCGAUCGAGAGGGCGAGGAGGGGGGAGGGGCCUACUGUUAUCGAGUGUGAGACUUACCGUUUCCGAGGGCACUCGCUUGCUGACCCUGAUGAGCUCCGAAAGCCUGAUGAGAAAGCUCACUAUACUGCAAGAGACCCCAUUUUAGCCUUGAAGAAAUACAUUCUUGAACAUGAUCUGGCCGGUGAAUCGGAGCUGAAAAGUAUCGAGAAAAAGAUAGAUGAUGUGAUUGAAGAUGCUGUAGAAUUUGCAGAUGCAAGCCCCCUUCCUCCUCGAAGCCAGCUACUUGAGAACGUGUUUGCAGACCCCAAAGGUUUCGGAAUUGGCCCUGAUGGGAAGUACAGAUGCGAGGAUCCCAAAUUCACUGAAGGCACUGCCCAAGUCUAAAGGACUGAACUGUGACUGCCUAUUUGCAUUUACGUUGUCGGUUUUAGUUUGUUCCCGUAGCCUGAUAUGUGUUUCCGAUCUUCCUAAGACAGAUUUUUUUUUUCCCUUAUUUAUUUAGUUUCAGAUAUAUUACUUUCUUUUUCUUCCCUCCCAUUUGCCAUCCUAUAUUUAUAAUGUUGUUGAAUCUACAACGCUGGUUUCUAACAAAGACCGGUUGUGUUCCCAGAUGCAUAAAGCGUGUUGUGACAUUUGGAUUU